ACGCGAACUUCCGUUCCAAGAUCUAGUAGACCCACUUGUUAUUUUGCUUUUGCUUUGUUUAAGUCGCUUGCAAGAAACAAAGAGAUUCAUCUCGCCCUCAAUCCAGAACCCUAACCCUAGGUUUCGGCCCCCUUAGCCUUGCUUCAGGGUUUGCAGAAGAUAUGGAGGAGAUCGAUUCCACGAAUGAUGUCUUUGAUUCUAUGCUCUGCAUUCCUGAGUUGAAGAUCGUUAAGUCGGGAUUUAGGAUGACGAACAGCAGAGACGAAUAUUUGUUGUUUGUGAAUGCUGGUGGGGGCUUCAUACAAGCAGAAGAUUCUAAAAUUAAUUUCAAAGGAGAUUCAUUUUACGAAGGAGGAGAUGUUAUUGAAACUAAUGAGAUGAUUGUUGAUGGUGGUGAUUAUUGGUCCUUGUAUAAAUCUGCACGUUUUGGUAACUUCUGUUACAGGUUUUCUGAUCUUCCCCCUGGAGAGUACUUUGUUGAUUUGCACUUUGCCGAGAUAGUUUACACAAAUGGACCUAAAGGAAUGAGGGUUUUUGAUGUAUUUGUUCAAGAUGAAAAGAUAUUAUCAGACUUUGAUGUGUAUGCUAUCGUCAGGGCAAAUAAGCCUCUGCAGGUAGUUGAUGUUAGGGUUUUUGUGCUGAACGAGGGAAUGUUAGUUCUAAGAUUUGAGGGAAGAAGUGGAAUUCCAAUGGUUUCUGGGAUAUCAAUCAGGAAAGCUACAAAGCUACAAGCGAUUUUGAAGCCUAUAAUAUGCAAUAAGUGUGCCAAUGCCCAAGAAAUUUCUCCAACUCAGUAUAGAGCUCAAAAUUCAAAAUUUCUUGCAAAAUAUGAGAAAAAAAUAGAGGAGCUGACUGCACAAUGUAAGAUGAUGUCUGAUGAGUGCCAUGAAGCUUGGAUGUCACAGAAAGCCACAAAUGACCAAUUAGAGGAGCUAAAAAUGGAACUCAACAAUAAGAUUUUCCAUACAGAAAAUUUAGAAAUGAGCCUUGGCACAUUAAUGGACAAAUUAAGAAUUGUUAGUGAAAAGUAUGAACAUGACCAGAAAAAGUGGAUUUCCACAAUUACUGAUUUGGAUGGAAAAGUUAAGGUUAUGAAACAAGAGCACCAGCAACUAUAUCUUGAAGCUUAUGAGUGCGCCGAUUCGAUCCCCGAUUUGAACAAGAUGAUAACUGCUGUGAAAACCUUGGUUGCCCAAUGUGAUGAUCUUAAAUCAAAGUAUGCUGAAGAGAUAACCAAGGGAAAGAAUUUAUUCAACUUACUUCAGGAAACAAAAGGGAAUAUCAGAGUGUUCUGCAGAUGCCGCCCUCUGAAUAGGGAGGAAGCCUCAUCUGGCUAUGUCACUGUUGUAGAUUUUGAGGCGGCUAAGGAUGGAGAACUUGGAAUCAUCACCGGAGGAUCCACGAAGAAAACCUUCAAAUUUGACAGAGUCUACACUCUAAAAGAUGAUCAAUCUGAUGUGUAUGCGGAUGCAUCACCUCUAGUGGUAUCAGUAAUGGAUGGUUACAAUGUCUGCAUAUUUGCGUACGGGCAAACUGGCACUGGGAAGACAUUUACAAUGGAGGGAACUGAGCGAAAGAGAGGAGUGAACUACAGAACUCUGGAAGAAUUAUUUAAGACUGCUGAGGAGAGAAAGGGGAUGUUUGAUUAUAAAAUCUCUGUCAGUGUUUUGGAGGUUUAUAACGAACAAAUCAGGGACCUGCUUGCAACAUCUCCAUCAUCAAAGAAGUUGGAGAUAAAACAAGCUGGUGAAGGAUUUCAUCAUGUGCCAGGAAUAGUGGAAGCCAAAGUUGAGAACAUAACAGAUAUUUGGAAAGUCCUACAAGCUGGUAAAAAUGCCAGAGCGGUUGGAUCGAAUAAUGUCAAUGAGCAUAGCAGUAGAUCUCACUGUAUGCUUUGUAUAAUGGUGAGGGCCAUGAACUUGAUGAAUGGUGAAUGCACGCGGAGCAAGCUUUGGCUAGUUGAUUUGGCAGGCAGUGAGAGGCUUGCAAAGACUGAUGCACAGGGGGAAAGACUCAAGGAGGCUCAGAACAUAAAUCGAUCGCUUUCAGCACUUGGAGAUGUAAUAUCUGCCCUAGCAAGUAAAAGCAGCCACGUUCCUUAUAGGAAUUCAAAACUGACGCAUCUGCUGCAAGAUUCAUUAGGUGGUGAUUCAAAAGCUUUAAUGUAUGUACAAAUAAGUCCCACAGAGAAUGAUUUGAGCGAGACACUUAGCUCGCUCAACUUUGCAACUAGAGUCAAGGGAAUUGAGUUGGGUCCUGCAAAAAAACAGGUUGACACAGGCGAGCUUCAGAAGUUGAAACAGACAAUCGACAAGCUGAAACUGGAAUGCAAAUCUAAGGAUGAGUCCAUGCGGAAACUGGAGGAGAACUUCCAAACCUUCGAGAGCAAAGUGAGAGGAAAAGAGCAGAUGUGCAGAAGUCUGCAAGAAAAGAACAAGGAACUUGAAGUCCAGCUCGAGUCAAAGAUGGACCUUCAAAGCUUUUCAGAGAGGCAAAAUAUGCAGCUUUCAGAGAAGCUGAAGGCAACGGAAGAAACAUGUGCUGCACUUCAACAUAAGGUAAAAGAGCUGGAGCACAAGUUGAAAGAGAAAGAACAUUCUGAGACCAUUACUCUUCAGCAAAAGAUCAGGGAUCUUGAUCUGAAGCUCAAAGAACACCAGCGUUCAGAAUUAAUAGCUCAACAGAUGGUUCAUGAUCUCGAUAUGAAGAUUAGAGAGAGACAACGAUAUGAAUGUUUUCUUGAACAAAAGGUCAAGGAUCUUGAGGAGAAGCCUAGAAAAAAGGAAGAAAAGACACUAAUGAAAACUAAAAAGAUUACAGACUCAGCUGAAAAGAAAUCCUUGACAAGAGAAGAGUCUACAGGCGAUACUGAUCCUAUGAUCCUGAGAAGCUCAUGUUCUGUCAAUAGGCCAAUUGCAGCCAAGGGUUCUAUUUUUCUGAAGGAUGAAGAGACCAACCUUCAUGACAUAAAAAUAGAAAGAGAGCCAGAGAACAAUAUUGGGUUGCUCAUGGCUUUGAUGGAAAAGAAAAUGUCACUUCCAGGUGAAACAAAUAGGAAGAGGAGAAUAGAUCAAACCAAGGCGCCAGGAAGACUGACUAGAGCGACAAAGACAGCUACUUCUCAAAGAACAAAUCCUCAUACUAGAAGUAACAAAGAGCAGAAGUCAGUAGCAGGAAUUCAGUACCAGGAAUGA